AUGUACACGUUGGGGGAAAUAACUAAUGAAGUGGGUUUAUCACAUUCUCUAGCUGUAUGGGGGAGGCCGGUGAGUCGUCUUCCUAUAUAUAUAUAUAUAUACACGUCAUAAUAAUGCCUGGGAAUAACUUGUGGAAUGAUGUGCAUCUAGAAACAGAUGUUUGAAAUGUUACCUAUGACCGCAUCAGUUAUUAAUAUUCCUAAUAUUUGCAACAUAUAAAAUAUCUCUGUCACCCCUCUUUAAGAAAUGGUACCUUCCAAUGGGAACCGCGAAGAGGGUCCGUUAAGGGCGUGUGUUAGGUCAGGUGCACCUAGCUUCAGGACGUUGCUGGCUAGCUUUCCUUCAGGCAGAAGACUGAACCUCUGCAAGUGAUUGAACAUUAAAACUACGCCAUGGAUGAAAAUGGAAGAGAUAUCACAUGCUUGGAUCCUAUAGCAACUGCAGCAUUAAAAGCUGCUAAUAUAAGCAGAGACAUGCUGCCCAGCCUCUCUAAGGAGGACUUGCGUGAUCUCCUUCCCGGGCCUGAGCACUUCAGAAGAAGAAGAACCAUUUGGAGACUCAAUCAUGAUGAAAAUGAGGGCCAGGAGACAGACCUGUGUAGACCGAGUACCUCCCAUGGGACUUGUGAUUUCAGCCCUAUUCCUACCCCCCAACCUUCCUUGUUUCCCUCCUCUUCCUCCUCCUGCCCCAACCCCUCUCCAUCCCCCGUCUUUUCUCCACCCUCCUUCUCCUCUCAAAGCCCACAACCCCAACAUGGUGCCAGCAGAACCGUACAGCUUCCCAGUCCACUGUAUGUUUUAUACACAGACACAGAAUUGGAGCAAUCACGAAGCACCUUUUCUGAAAAGCAGCGUGCUGGAGAAGAAGGAGACUACGUCCUUUCCAAAGAUCUUCGCUGUCGAUUAAUCAGGAAUACAGUCACAAGCAUGCUUUCCAUUAAAAGAGCAGCUGGGGAUGACUUUAACUAUCCAUGCAGCCGUGAACUCACUGUAAUGGCGAAGCGUCUGAUUGAGUACUACCCAAUGCUUCGGGACAGAUCUCAAACCAGUAGAGCUGAGUGGGAAACUGUGAAAAAGCAGCUUUUGAAAAGGGUCCAGAAUGUGACAACCCCCAAAAAGAAGCAGGGUUCAACUCCUUCAAGAAAGAGGCCUAGGAGUUUAAGCUUUCAGAGCAGCCAUGAGACGUCCACUGAUGAGACUGAUGAAUCCACCGCAUCAACCUGGAUCUUGGAGAGAUCACCACCAUCUCGAUGCAGCACCCCGGAGGCUGAACAGUUAUGUGCAUCAGAAACUGAGAGCCCACAGACCCAGGCGAGACACUAUAAGACUCUACAGGCGAUGUAUAAAACUAAGGCCAGACCGAACAAGAUGGAUGUUGCUCAGCUCCUGGACCUCGAAAUCCAAGCGAGAAGGGCCUUCAUUGACUCUGAUGUUACAAAGGAGCAGGACAGGCCUUCCAAGAUUCUUAAAGCUUAUCCUUGCUUUGGAGAACUGGAUCAUCUAAUGGAUGAACUACGGCGGGUCCUCAAUCAAGGCAACUCCCACUUCUUAACGGAACUUAAGACCCGGUGGGGGACCUUUUGUGAGAGGGCACAGUUUUAUGGAGUUUUCAAAAAGCUCAUGAGGCCUCCGCAGCUUGACAAAGUAAAGCACUCAAUUGCCAUGAUGAAGGCUUUACCAGAGAUGUUCCCAUCACCUAUGGCCCCACCCAAGAAGUUAAGGCACGCAAGUGAGGCUCUGCUCCACGUCCUUGAGUCUGCAGAAGACCCAAACACCUUUCUUCAGACACGACCACUUUCCAGCCCUGUUGUCAUCAUCUGCGAAACCAACUGUAUACUGGCCAUUGGAACCAUGCCCGUGCUCAUCUUCCCAAAAGAGGACAUUCAUGAAAGCGUGAUGUAUCUCAUGGCAUGUUAUUACACCUUUCACCUCACCUAUCCUAAGUGCAUUGCAACACUCCUGUCUGUGGUGCAGACAGAAGUCCUCUUGGACGCCAUUCACGACCAUGACAUGACUACUUCAUACAAAAAGGCUAUGGCCGACUGGAAAAAGUUCAUAAGUGAUUAGGGCACUUAUAUAUGAGGGGCCGCU